AUGAAGGCCGUCGUGCUGCUCUUUUUAAUGAUGAUGACGAUUUGCCUGACUACCGUUUCUUCAGCGCCCCAAUUUGUGAGUUCUUUUGUCUUUUUUCUUGUAUUCCACUACUUUUAGAAAAUCCAGAAGUUCUAAAAAACAUUCCCCAUACUUCCAACUGUCAUUUUUCAGAUUACACUUUUUCUCCUAACGUUCAAAGUAUACAAUACGAUAAUUGUCUCUGAUAAUUGUUAGCCUCAAGAAGUUCCUUCCUGUUCGAUUGAGAGAAAAAAGCUUCUUUCCUGUCCAAAAUUACUGGUUUCGAAUCUCCUUGAGAGGAAUUUCGACGUCUUGAGGCUCUUCAGAUUGAUUGCUUCACUAGUAUAGUGCCUUUGAACGGCGAAAAGUGCUCGGAAGUGCGAAAAUUGGCUUGAAAUAGCAUGUUACUGAAGAUUUUGUUUUGCUUGGUUGAUAUUGGCAAAAAAUUUUUGAGGGGAUUGAACCUGAGAGUACAUACCGCUCUUUUUUUUUUUGAAAUUUUGCGAUUUUAGUUAAAAAUAAUCAUUCUUAAUUUACGGGAGCGCUUUAGAGCUUGAAUAAAAAAUGGCAAAAAAAUUCAAAGGCCGAGCGGGGUUGAACCUGCAUCCCUAACUUUAUAUGAAAAAUUUUUGCCUCUUACUCAUGGCUCAGAAAAAACUAAAUUUUGAGCUGAAAUAAAAUAUUUUUGCUCGGGCAAAGUCGGAAGGGUGAAUGAUGGCCGCUAAAUGGGAGAGGCUCAAAAAAGGCUGCAGAAAGGCCUCAGAAAGGCUGCAAAAAGGCAGCAAAAAGGGUCCCUUUAUCGAGCCUUCCAUUUUUUCUAGAGACAAGAAAUAAUGGGAAAAGGGAGAGGCAGCAAAAAUGGUGCAUAAUAGCCGAUAAAAUGGCGCAAAAAGGCAGCAAAAAGGAGCCUUUUUUCCGUUAUUUUCGACUUUGCCUAGUGUCUACGAUCUGGAAGAAAGAUUAGAAAAUAAAAAACCGAAUUUUUUUUUCCAGUGUUUUCCCCGGUUUGAGGUUGAAAUGGUAAUCUCAUAUUAUGCGGAUGCAAUUUAACCGAAAACCAGCCGUUCUUUUGAUAAAUUCAAUUGAUAGUAAUCCCUAGAAAGAGAAUGAAAAAAUCCUAUUAUUCUUGCUAUUUUUCUGCUUUUUGAUAGUUUAUCCAGCUCAUUGAUACCUCGUAAACACAAACAACACGUUGGUUUUUCAAAUAAUUGGAAACGCGUCGAAAUUCCGUUCGGAAAUAGUUCAACUUCCUGUUUGCGUAACUUUUACGUCGAUUUUGUAACAAUAUUGAGGAAAAAUAGCUAUUUUUAGAUACGUAGGCGUCCAGAAAUAGAAUAUUACUCUUUUUUUGAAGUAAAUAUUUUCUCUGGAUUUUUUUAAAAAAAGAUUCAGAAAAAGUUUUUUUCUUGAAAAAAAUAUUUUGAGAUUUUUGUAAUUUUUUUCUAUGCUCUCCGAGAGACUUAAGAAUCGUAUGUUUCCAUAUAAGACACAAAAAUUCAAUUUUUCGAUACGUUUCUGGACUAUAGAAAAAUUAUUUUAGUACCAGGGGCUAUGUUUGAGGUCGCAGGUUCAAUCCCGCUCAGCGAAGAAAUUUUUUUCGCCAUUUUUCUCUGCUGCUGAAAGCUCUCCUAGUAAUUUGAGAAUCGUAUUUUUUUCAAAUAAAACCCAAAAAUUUGAUUUUUCGAUGCUUUUCUGGACUUUAGAAGCUGUAUCAGGUGAUGUGUUCGAGGUCGCAGGUUCAAUCCCGCUCGGCGUGAAAACUUUUUUGCCAUUAUUCUUUGGUGUUCAAAAGCGUUCUAGUAACUUGAAUACCACUGCUUUUUACCUGGAAUUUCAAAAAUUUUGGGUUUUAGGCAUUUUCAAAGGUUUAUUUAUUGUAAUAUAAAAUGUCAUAAGUCUGAUUUUUUUAAUGUCUCUUGGCCUUUAAAAAAUUUUUUUUUGCUUAGCAAAAAUUCUUCUUAAGGUCUCUUAUAAUACUGGACGGAACUUCUAGGUUUUCUCAAAGUUCGAAAAAAUUUUCCAAGAAAGAUGACUCCUGCCAAUUUCCCACUGUUUCAGUGUCUGGGAAAACACUUAUUUCUAUUUUUUUUUGCAGACAUUUCUCAUAUUACUCACAAGCCGUCCAAAAAAUCGGAUUUUCGUAGCUUGACCUAACAAAAGCCAAAAAACCAAGAAUUGCAGCUGAAAAAUUGCUUUCGUAGCGCAAAAAUGUCGAGAUUUUUGGCAGGUGAAAAGAUUUCUCGAAAAAUGUCUCGGAAAAAAUUUCAUUCUUUUUUAAAUUCCAUGCACUUUCAUCCAGGAAAAGAAAAACGGCUUCCUUGAUGUUUAAUUCAUACGAUACGAGGGAAGUUAGGGAAAUGACGCUUUUUUUGGCAUAUUUUCAAAAACAUGUUCCUUUUUAAUGACUAUUUUUCGGAGCCUUGUUUUGAGAGAAAUUAAAUUGGGCGGAGGUGCUGCAAGUUUUCUUAUUUCAUUUAUUUUUUUACUUUUCACCGUUUUUUUCAUUAAUUUCUGGUCGAAAAGAGGCUUGAAUUUUAGCGUCAGAGGAGUUUUUUGACAUUCGAAAGGUCAAGGGAUCGAUUCCGGAUCGUUUUUUGCAACCGUUACAUUUCAAUUUUUCGUCAAAGUUUCAUUUUUACUUCCUAAAAAGCUUCGAUAUCCAAUUUAUUAUUCUAUGGAAAGUUCCGGAAGUUUUGAAAGUUUCAAAAUACCCUGAUUUUGGAUCGGAAUUCGACAGCUGCAAAAAAUUUAUUUUUGGUUUUCUUAUUCUGUGAUGAAAAUUCCCCCGUCGGUCUCGAUUUUUGGAGUUUUGAUCUACGGGAAAAUCAAAGCUUUUUGAAAAUGUUCUAGUUUGCCACGUGAUGAGGAAACACUACAGAAACGUUGAAACCUCUAUUUUUUGCACAUAAUCGUAAAGAAACUUUUUUUUUUGAAUUUUACCUUAAGCUACUAUGAUUGAACUAUAAACGUUUUCUUCGAUGAAACUUCACCCAGUAUGAUCGUCUGUCAUCAGAAAUGCGGACGCUAUUUUUUGAGCCAUUCCCUCUCACUCUAGCCUGGUUACGGUAGGCACCUGCGUAUCUAAGGAAAUAUGAGUUUUCACUAGUCAUGAUGUAUUUCUAUCGAUAGGUAAUGCAAUUUAGAGAGUUUUUACAGUACAUGACAUUAGGGGUUACUGUGGAAAUAUUUUGAGUUACGGUACUUUUUGUUCCUGUGGAGCCAGUUGAGCUUGAGAUUCAUUCUUUUGGGCUGAAUUCUAAUAUUUAUUUUUCCAAAAAACCCCUGAGAACUAAAUCAGUUAAUCCUGUUGCCUUGUGAGUUUUUAGUUGCCUCAUUGACCAACGACGGAGUUUCAGAUCAAGAUCAAGAAGGAGGACGAGACGUCCGAAUGGCGAGUGCCACAGCAAGGCGAGCUCCAGAACCUUCUGAGCGCCCUGCUCCGCGGCGCCAGCGAGACCAACGAGUCCAGCCAACUCCGGCGUCAGAUCUUCUCCCGGAAAUUUUGGAAGCGAUGA